UGACCUUGAAGAGAGAGCAACACUGUCUUUAAGCUCAACGUUUUUUCAGAAACCCAACAACUGACAACACAGUCUUCACACUGUUUUCAAAUCAUCUUCAUCAUGGCACGAUCAAAUGAAACAAAGAUUGUCCUACUGGGAAAAACUGGCGUUGGGAAGAGCAGCCUUGGCAACGCCAUACUGGGAGACAGUCUGUUUAAAGAAAAAUUAUCUCCAACAUCUGAAACAGACACGUGCACCGCAGAAUCUAAAAAUAUUAGCGGAGAACGUGUCACAGUUAUUGACACUCCUGGCAUCUUUGACAACAGAUUGAAGGAAGAGGAUCUGAAGGCUCAGAUGAUUAAGUGUAUCGAACAUUGCUCACCCUGUAUUCAUGCAUUUCUCAUUGUGCUGAAAGUUGACCGAUACACAGACCAGGAGAAGGAAAUCAUUCAUAAGAUCAAGCAAUAUUUCCCAAAGGAAAUUCUGAAACAUGCUGUGGUUGUGUUUACACAUGGUGACCAGCUCCUAGAAGGGCAGACCAUUGAUGAAUUUGUUAAAAAGAGUAAAGAUCUGACAGAGCUGGUGGGGAUGUGUGGUGGCAAGUGCCACGUUGUUGAUAACAAGUACUGGAAAAACCAGCAGGAUGGAUACAGGAGCAACAGGUUUCAAGUGAAGCAGCUUCUCAAAACAAUAGAAACAAUGAAAGACGACAAGGGCGUCUACACCAACGAGUUACUUCAGUUAGUAGGGAAAAAGAAAUUAUGGAAGAUUUUGAAGAUCUCAGCUAAAAUAACAAUUGGAGCAUUGCUGGGAAUUUUACUUGGUGCCGUGGUGUUAGUUCCUUGCGUUGGUUUAGACGCUGCAAUAGGCAGCGGAGUAGGCAUUCUGUCAGGCGUUGAAGCAGCUGUGGGAGCAACUGGGCUUCAGGAGAGGACGUUGUCAUCUCCCUUUGAGGUCAGCGUGUCGACUCUCAGCAAACUAGACACUCAGAAGACCCAGGCCAUCGCCUGUUUGAGGAUUCUAGUGGAGAGGGCCAUACGCAGGGUGAAGGAAUACCACAUUUUGGAUAGAAUUGUUCCGCUCUCCAUGGUAGGAUCAGUGAAUCAGCUGUGGGCCAUCUGCUGCCUGAUGUCAAAUUUCCAGGGACCUCUUAAUAUCAAGGGGGACAAGCCCGUCUGA